ACAGGGCAGAAGACAGGGGGGUUGGGCACAGAAUUUUGACUCAUUCUGCAGAAGCAGCUGCGAAGAGGGGCAAGUUCGAGAAUACACACCCCUUCGUUGUUUAUAAGGAAACUGAGUUGUCCAAGUCAGGAACAACCGGAUUCACGAUACAUCCACCCGAAACGACCGCGUAGCAAGAAACCCAAACCCAACACAACACAAGCCCAAAUUUAAUUCCACCACAUAAAUAUUUUCAAGUCCGAAAUUGCCUAUAAAACUAACAUCCAAGUUCCUUGCGUUCCACACAAACACACACAAAGCGAGGGAAGGGAAGCGCAGAGCAUAGCAGAGAUAGAGAAAAUGGGAGGUUGGGCUAUAGCGGUGCAUGGGGGCGCUGGUGUGGACCCAAAUCUCCCACCCCAGCGUCAAGAGGAAGCCAAACAACUCCUUACCCGCUGUCUCAAUCUUGGCAUCUCUGCUCUUCGUUCCAAUGCUUCUGCAAUCGAUGUCGUCGAACUUGUCGUAAGGGAACUGGAAACGGAUCCUCUGUUCAACUCUGGGCGUGGAUCUGCCCUAACAGAGAAGGGAACAGUGGAAAUGGAGGCAAGCAUCAUGGACGGUACAAAGAGACGAUGCGGCGCCGUUUCGGGCCUCACCACCGUGAAAAACCCCAUCUCCCUCGCUCGCCUUGUCAUGGACAAAUCCCCCCAUUCCUACCUCGCCUUUUCCGGCGCUGAAGAAUUCGCCAGGCAACAGGGUGUGGAGGUUGUGGAGAACGAAUACUUCAUCACUCCCGAUAACGUUGGUAUGCUGAAACUGGCAAAGGAGGCAAACACAAUCCUGUUCGACUAUAGGAUUCCCACAUGCGGUGCAGUAGUUGAGAGUCCAUUGCAAAUGAAUGGACUUCCAAUUAGCGUGUACGCACCAGAAACGGUUGGGUGCGUGGUGGUGGACAGCGAGGGAAAGUGUGCGGCUGCCACGUCGACCGGAGGACUGAUGAAUAAAAUGAGCGGUCGGAUCGGUGACUCACCCCUGAUAGGUGCUGGAACGUACGCGUGUGAGGUGUGUGGGGUCUCAUGCACAGGUGAAGGUGAGGCUAUCAUACGUGGCACACUGGCGCGUGAGGUGGCAGCGGUCAUGGAAUACAAGGGCCUGGGCCUUCAACAGGCUGUGGACUUUGUCAUCAAGCACCGUCUUGAUGAAGGGAUGGCAGGGCUCAUUGCAGUGUCUAAUACUGGCGAGGUUGCUUAUGGUUUCAACUGUAAUGGCAUGUUCAGGGGUUGUGCUACUGAGGAUGGGUUCAUGGAAGUGGGAAUCUGGGAAUGAGUGUCGCAUGAUCUUUCUUAAUGAAGAUUCUACCCUUCUGCUUGUCUGUACUCACUUAGUUGUUUAGAUGCAACGCUUUUUUCUUCCUUUCCUUCUUGUUCUAGUCUUAGAAUUAGGUCUUUCGUUUUUCAGUUUGUCAAAUAACUGUAGAUGUUUCUCCCUUUUUUUAUAAAUAAAAUAAAUAUUUUAGACUGUCCGUCAC